AUGUGUACGGCAACCGUGCCUUCCAAUAGUCGUACUGCAAACCCCCUCUUGACUUCAAGUAUGAAAUAGUCUUGUAUCCAUCACAAUUUCCCAAGGCUCUUCAACCGGUCAUUAGCACGGCUACGAGAUUCUUCGAAGCUCUCAACUCGAGCGAAGCGCGAGCGCGAAGAAGACAGAUGCGCAACGACUGACUUUACUUGCCCACGAACUUCAUCAACUCAAUCCCUCGAUCUUUAUUUUCAUUUCGCACACCAUGGCGUCGCAACUCCUGCCUCUAGAACUGAUCGACAAAUGUGUUGGCUCGAGAAUGUGGGUCAUCAUGAAGGGCGACAAAGAAUUUGCCGGAACCCUGCUCGGCUUUGAUGACUAUGUCAAUAUGGUCCUUGAAGAUGUGAUCGAAUUUGACUACACUGGCGCCCAAACGAAGCUGCCCAAGAUUCUUCUCAAUGGUAACAACAUUUGCAUGCUGAUACCGGGCGGCGAAGGACCCGUCGCAGCAGCAUCUUGAGCGGUGCUUCUCAUGCAAUAUGAGGUGCACUCAACCGUUCGCCGAUUAGGACGAGAUCAGGGCAUGCCGGAACAGCACUCGCGCGAAUAUUAUGAGUCAAUCUCGCAAUCGAUUGAAGCCAUUCACAGGACGGCCAAAAACGGCCGCGAGAGGCUCG